AUGUUACAGGUCACCAGGUCACCACAGGUCUUGGUCGAGCUAGUCACAUCGGAGAACUUGCAAGCGCAACCACCGAACCCCGAGCCACACAGGCCCAGCCCUGAAACAGGGCUCUCAUACCAUUUCUUAAAUAGUGGGGAGUGUUUACAGCUAUAUUGCAAAACGCGCUUCUUCCCCAUCCAACUAAUCUUAAUGGCUCCUUUCAUUUCAUCCCCUUUGUCUCUCCUCACUUUCUUACUCCUCCUCUCCGCCGCCGCCUCCCACCACCUCAAGCUCCCCCUCCUCCACCGCAGCCCUUACCCUCCCACCCCCUCCGACGCCCUCUCCGCCGACAACCACCGCCUCGCCUUCCUCUUCUCCGCCCCCCGCCUCCCCGUCACCUCCGCCGCCUCCUUCGGCUCCGGCCAGUAUCUCGUGUCCCUCCACCUCGGCACCCCUCCGCAGCCCCUCCUCCUCAUCGCCGACACCGGCAGCGACCUCACCUGGGUCUCCUGCUCCGCCUGCCGCCGCCAUUGCUCCCCCAACUCCGCCCCCUUCCGCCCCCGCCGCUCCGCCACCUUCUCCCCCCACCACUGCUACACCCCGGCCUGCAACCUCGUCCCCCACCCCAAACACGCCCCGCGCUGCAACCGCACGCGCCUCCACAGCACCUGCCGCUACCAGUACUCCUACGCCGACGGCUCCGUCACCACCGGAUUCUUCUCCACCGAAACGACGUCGUUCAACGCCUCCGCCGCUAAAUUAUUCAAGUUCCAGCGUUUCAACUUCGGAUGCGGGUUUUGGAACUCGGGCCCCAGCCUCUCCGGCCCAAGUUUCAAUGGGGGCGAUGGUGUUUUGGGCCUGGGCCGCGGCCCGAUCUCCUUUACCUCCCAAUUGGGUCGACAUUUCGGCCACAAAUUCUCCUACUGUUUAAUGGAUUACACACUCUCCCCGCCGCCGACGAGCUACCUCCUCAUCGGCGCCGGAAUAUCCAAAUUGACCUACACUCCGUUGCUAGUCAACCCUCUCGCACCAACAUUCUACUACAUUAACAUCCAAAGCGUAUCAAUUGACAAUGUGAAAUUACGAAUUACCCCCUCAAUUUGGGCAAUCGAUGACUACGGAAACGGCGGAACCGUCGUCGAUUCCGGCACCACCAUAACUUUUCUACCGGAGCCGGCGUAUCGCACGAUCCUAGCCGUUUUCGAGCGGCUGGUGAAGCUGCCGGAGUCUGCUAAUCCGGUGCCGGGGUUCGAUUUGUGCCUGAACGUGUCGUCGGGCGCGCCGAGGGCGAGCCUGCCGCAGCUGAGUUUCAGACUAGGCGGCGGCGCGGUUUUCAAGCCUCCGCCGCGGAACUACUUCAUCGACGCGGCGGAGGACGUGAAGUGCCUGGCUUUGCAGCCGGUGACGACGGACGCGGGGUUCGCGGUGAUCGGGAACUUGAUGCAGCAAGGUUACACCUUCGAAUUCGACAAGGAUCGAUCGCGGCUCGGCUUCACGCGGCGCGGCUGUUCUGCGCCGCCGUGAAGGGGUUAAUUUGAUUUUAGAUGAUGAUUUGGAAAAAGGGAAAUGUGAUUAGAUUUGGGGCAGGUGACAGGUGAGGUGUUUCAUUUAUUUAAAUUUUGUGGUGUGUUUUUAUGUGUGACAUAAAAAACAGGCAAUGUGCAGAGGAAAAAGCUGUCUCGAAUACUACAUGUCUUGAUAUGUGAUUUUUCAAAUUUGGGGUUUCUAAUCUGGAUUUUAUUGAAACUCACUCCUAAUUCGUUUUUUAAUAGAAAAUUUAAUGCCAUUGUUUAUCCCUGCUUUAUUUUAUUUGAAGAAUAGAGUAGAUUAAUAGAUUUAUGAUCCUUUGCUUGUAAAAACUCUGUCACGUGUCACGUGUCAGUAUCACUAGUCAUUUUAUGAUUCCAAUUCCA